AUGGGCAGGUUUUGUGUCGCUGUCCUAGUUUUGCUGGUUCUGAAAUUUUCCUUGCCUUGUCCUGAGGAGUGUUUCCGAAAGAAUCUUCGUGGGUCGACGUCACCUAACUGCCAGUGUCCCCAGUCGUCUAAGUCUUGCUUUCAACGUCGCAACGGCUUAACGGUUGCCGCUGACAGUGUUUGUAGUGCAGAAAAUCAUGGCCUGACGUGUCUAAAUGGCGUUCCUACCGGGUUUAACCAGUCCGUCAUUGGAAUCCUCCUGAACAAUCUGCUCAACCUCACCACCCUCACUAAACACGACAUUCCGCCGUUACGCAGCCUCAACAGAUUCGUUAUAAGCGGCAGCACCAUCCAGGCAAUAGAAGCGGGUGCGUUCUCCUCCGUACCGGCGAUACAAUGGAUCACCAUCCGGUGUAGCCGCCUCCAGCAUAUCGGUGAAGACACCUUCCAAAACCUACCCAGUUUGAAGACAAUCUAUCUAGAUCAUAACCUCAUCGAAACCGUGUCUCCAAGAGCUUUCGUCGGCCUCAACAACUUAAAUCUGAUGUCUUUGAAAGAAAAUCAACUGAAGAAGAUUCCUGUUGAGACCCUCUCUCUGGUCCGUCACAACACAACAGCUGCCUGGUUGAAUGUUUAUCUCGAGAACAACCAGAUUUUCACGAUACUGGAAAGGAAUUUCAAGAAAAUCGUUGACACUCGGCUCAGCAUUUAUCUUAAAGGCAACCCGUUUGUCUGUGACGGUAGGAUGCGGUGGCUGGUCUGUGACCCCGAGUACUUGUCCCUUGGCGUGCUCGUCCAGGCCGGGCACUACCAGUGCUCGUCUCGGUCUGACCUGGUCGGCUUCGGUACCAGCUUCUUCUGCUCAUCCACAGAGCCGACAGCCACAUUCCCACCAACCGCAAUGACAGAAGCAACCAAGACCCGGGAAAAUCACACUGGUACGACGGAGCAAGCGAGAACAACAACAUCUGGUACCAUGGACAGUACCCGCGGCAUCGCAUUGGAGAAGAAUCUUGAUGACGGACAGCAAUCUCGUACGGACUAUAUCUACAUGCCUAUCGCACUUACCGUCGGCGUGAUAGUUCUGCUAGGUGGGGCUACAGGUUUGGGUAUGAUAUACAAGCGACGUGUGUCAAAGGGAAGACAAAAUCCAGUCCACGGACAGCAAGGUGCCAUCAUCAGUUCUCAACUCAUCCGCAACCGGAUGUACCAACCCUCCGGAUCUGCCACUGGUGACGACAGGGACAAGGAAGAGACGAAAGAAACUGAGGAGGAUUCAGCAAGACAGAAUCCCGUCCAUAAACUACACGGAUUCACCAUCGACACAUCUCAAAUGAUCUCCAAUCGGAUGUACACAUCGUCUGCAUCAUCUGCCAGCUGCGCCAAUCAGGGCAGAGAAACGACAGAAGGACCUGAGGAGAACUCGGAGCUGACACCUUACCUCACGGUACCUCUUGAUGCCAUCAACAACGACCUGCGCAUCGAACCGUACAGCAGUGUGGAUUUGGACGACAUCAGCAGCAACGAAGACAUGAACGACGACUUGGGUCCAUCGCGUGGAAACCUGGAGGCCAAAGACGAAGAUGACAUGGAACCGUACUCCAUCACACCUUUGGAUGGAAUUGGUGACCCUUAA